AUGGUAAAGAUGAAGAUUAUUUCUUGGAACAUAAGGGGUAUCCGAAAAAAGGAAAAAUCUAGAGCAGUAGCUACUAUGGUCAGGAAUUAUAAACCAGGCAUUCUUCUCAUUCAAGAAACAAAGCUGGAAAAAUGUUCUCAGGCUAUUAGGAGAAGGAUAGGUGGAAGUAUUCUUAAUAGUUGGACUGUUGUUCCAGCUGUGGGGUCUGCAGGAGGUUUAAUGGUGUUGUGGAAUGAUAAGGAUUUUGAAGUUACAAAUAGUCAUUUAAGCAGCAGGUUCAUAGCUGUCUUUGGAAGUUUUAAGAAUUCAUGUGAUAAAUGUGUGAUUAUUAAUGUAUAUGGUCCAAGUAUUGAUGCUGAAAAGGAGGAUUUUUUCAGGGAAUUGCUGAAUUUUGUCACUGCUCAAACAGUAUCAGUUUGCAUUGGGGGUGAUUUUAAUGUGUAUUUUGAUCCGACAGAGAAGAUAGGAAUGUCACAAAAUUGGUUUUCUAUAGCUAUUCUAAGAAAUUUCCUGAAUCAUACUAAUUUAAUCGAUCUACCUAUGGUUGGGGGAAGGUUCACUUGGUGUAAUAAUAGAGAAGCCUCUACUUGGGUCAGAUUGGAUAGGUUCCUAAUUUCUGGGGAUUUUCUGAUAAGUUUUCCUAAUGUUCUGCAAAGCCUGUUACCGAGAUCUUUAUCUGAUCAUAAUCCCGUUUGUUUGGAGGAAAAAACUGUUGAUUGGGGCCCCAAACCAUUCAGAUUUUUUAACUAUCUUCUAGAGGAAAAAGGAAAGUUCAAUGGAAUUUCUGAGUCCAUAGCAGAUCUGGAAUUGAAGAUAAAUAAUCUUGAGUUUAAAGCUCAAGCUGGGGACCUCUGCCAACAGGACUGGGGGCAUCUGCUGCAGUUCAGAUCGGAUCUAUGGAGGUUGUAUAGGAUUGAAGAAAGCAUCUGGUUUCAGAAAUCAAGGGCGAAAUGGAUUAAAGAUGGAGAUAGAAACACUAGAUUUUUUCAUUUAACUGCUCUAAACAGGAGUAGGAGAAAUGAAAUUACUAGUUUGAAGAUCAAUGGUUCUGAAGUUGUAGAUCCGCAAUCUAUUAAGUUGCAUAUUGCGGCCUUUUUUAAGGAAUCCUAUAGUUCUAUGUCAACGCUGGGUGUAGAGGAUUUAUCCCUGGAGUUUGCUAUGCUAUCAGAGUUCCAAUCUUUAAAACUUGAGGAGCAGUUCACGGAACAAGAAUAUGGCAAGCGAUAG